AUGCACUCACCGAGCCACCAGCGAGUCUCGCGCACGAGAGUGCUCCUGCGGAUACGGAUCUCGCUUUCGGCCGCCGCAGUCGUCCUGGGAGUUGCGGCGGUGCUCAAUCUACAAGAUGCCUCUCCCAACCUUGCUCUGCUGCAGACUCUGGGAUCUUUCUUUGCAGUUCUGGCGCUGCUGGCGACUUUCCCAUGGUUUAGACGAGAGUUCAAAUGCUGCUGCAUGAGCUCUGGAAUCUUGGCCAAUGCUGGGGCUAUCUUGUCUCUUCUCGAUGGGCAUGUGCUCAUUUCCUUGCUUUACUCCGUCGGCCUCAGCAAUGGCAUCAUUGCACUCGCUGUGGGACUUCCAGUCUUCAUUGCUUUGGUGGCGGUGCUCAUAGAUGGCUUGGUCCGCCUUCCCGGCCAUGCGUGCUCCUUCCGCUCCAGCUGGGAGGUGGGAGCUGCUGCCUGGUUGGACCUCGACGCAAAGUCCCCGAUACCGGUUUGCUGCAUAUCGAUGUCCAUCCGCGCCUGCAUCAAGGCGACCUUGCUAGCGGCUCUCGGUGGCUCCCUCGUGGCUGGGCUUUAUGCGGCACUGCAUCCCAAGCUGGCCAAAGCGCUCUCGCCUACAUUGGGUCCCUUUCUGGCCUUUGCUCCGACUCCGCCGCUGGCGAUCGGCGCUCUGCUGGCCUGGCCCAGGGGCCCUGCGGAGCUGAUGAACCUGUCGGCUCGUGCGCGUUUGGCAAGAUGGACUCUUGUUGUUGCCGCCUUUGGGUCGCUCUUCAUCUUCGCCGCCUGGUCAGGCCGACUGCUGGAGGUUCAUGGGACCUGGACAAGCUGCAAGAACGUGGUCGAUGAGUGCGCGGCCUUGGCCUCUCGCGGUGACUGCGACAAGGAGAGCAAGUACUUCGACUACAUGAUGGCCAAGUGCCGGAAAGCGUGUCGUGCCUGCACGGACGUGAACUGGGGCCUCGCCGGAGAUCUCAGCCUGGCCGUGCUGACAGUACUCGUCCUGCAGACGCUGCGCUUCGCCUACUGCUUCUACGAGUCCGCGCGGCAGCUGCUCUUGGCAGACAGCCACUUGACCUCCGAUCCACCAGAAUCGCCCUUCCACGAGCUCUCAGAGGGACCUGGCCGGCGUGGCUCUGUGCAAUAUGCGAUCGACAGUCAGCUUGAGCUUGCAGAGCCGCUGUCAGCAGCCAGCCACACGAGAUCUGAGCUGAAUCAGGAAGAUGCUAUGCCGAUACGGGGUACUGCAGAGCAAGCAAGCGGCAAAAGCCUAGGCGGCUUAUUUGCAGUCCCCACGACCAUCAAGUCUUUCAAAGAGGAGGAAGGCGAGCGAGAGCCACUGCAAGCGCUGGGUGGGCAUAGCCCUCUCACUGCGGCGAAGAUGACGGCGAGGCAAGCUUUUUCGACUGUGAAUCCCUGGCUGGAGACGGAGAGGAUCCUGGAGGUUUCAGCGGACCAGAAAGCCGGCGCCGGAGAUCGCCGACGCCACGCACAGAAGGCCGAGAGGGCCAUGGACCGACGAAGAUUUUCAAGAGACAACGUGCAGAAAGCACUCGUCGAGAAGGAAGACUACGCAGCGGCAUGCAGAUGCUGUCGCAGCGAGACGCGAAAACCAGCAGGUGUGGCAGGACACAUUGGUAGCUUGCUAAUGUUUGCUUUUGCAGCUAUUGCUGUGCUGAUUGUGCUUCCUUUUGUUUCACCAUCCCCGUUGAGAGCUGUGAAUAUUCUGAGCACGGUCAUGCCCUUGCCGAAGAACCGCAGGAUGUGGAUCGAAGUCUUCGUGUUGUUGCACUUGCAAUCUACGUGUUUCGGUGGAGUUGCUGAUUGCCCCGAAUCUGUUGCUGAAGGUCUGGCCAAGAUGCCCGCACUCGAUGACUGGUACAGCGACCCCUGGGCAUCACCAGGCAUUGCCCGCAAAAGUUCCUCAAGCUCACGGCAGGGAGACAGGCGUGGGCCCAGGAAGACUUCUGGAGGGCUGCGCGGGCCGGAGGUCGAGACUUUCUGCUUGGAGCAGCUGGAUGAUGCCCCCACAGAGGUGGCCGACGCUGCUCCGCUGGAGGAUGUCUCAGAUCCCGGCGGACCCAGCGAGCCGCAGUGGCAGUAUGGAAGGUGUGUCGCGCUGAAGCUCGUGGCACACAGCCCGCACGGCAACAGUGCAUUCGAGCAGCUCCUGCCGGUGCUUCUCACGGUGUUCCAGGUGAGCGAUGAUGAAAGGAAGAGCUCCUUUCUAGCGAGACGGAGGCAACAAGGAGGCUCAUGGUGGUCGCAGGUCCUGCGAUGCACAGCAGACAAACCGAGUUCUGAAGAGCGCGAUGCUCUGACAAGAUAG